CGUCCACUGAUUUCCGCCCCCAAACGCCUCCCCUGUUGGUGCGUAUCAUCGAUCAUCUCCGCACGCCCAAUCCAUCGCAGGUGGUCAACCCAAUCGGAAUCCAUGGACUCCCCGCAGCGCCCUCCUCCUCCAUCGCCAUCGCCGAGGCCCCUGGACCUCGAGGUCACCGUCGUCUCCGCGAAGCACCUCAAGAACGUCAAUUGGCGAAACGGCGACCUCAAGCCCUACGUUGUCGCCUACCUCGAUCCCGACUGCCGCGUCGCCACCAAGCCCGACGACGCCGGCUCCACUCGCCCCGUCUGGAACGAGCGCCUCGCGCUUCCCCUCCCCCUCCCCUCCCCCGAAACCCUUCUUUUCCUCACCCUCGACGUCUUCCAUUCCAAGCCCUCCGAGACCCCCAAGCCCCUUGUCGGCACCGCCCGAUCCCCCGUCAAGGACCUCCUCGACCCCGACGCCUUCACAGUCGGCGGCGGCGUCGACGGCUCGCCCUCUCCCAUCCGAACCCUCGAGCUCCGCCGCCCUUCCGGCCGUCCCCAGGGCAAGAUCCGCAUCAAGCUCGCCAUCCGAGAGCGGCCCUGCCCCCCGCCCGACCUCCAUCCCCAUCCCCAUCACCACUUCCCCCCUCCCCCUCCGUCUUCCAGCUAUUAUUACUCCUCCAACGCUCCCCCCUUCCCUUCUCCUUCCCCCCCUCCUCCUCACUCGGCUAGAGAUUACCGCACCUUUACUCCCCAGUCCCCUCCUAUUCCUCCUUACGGCCACCCUGUGCCGCCUCGGCCCCAGCCCCAGCCCCAUUCCUCGCAGUACCACUACGGGAGCUACUCUGAUCCCUACACUUCUGGAUACUAUUCCCCUGCUCCCUACUACUCAGCACCUACGGCUCCGGCUCCGGUCCCUGCCCCUGCCCCUGCCCCUGCCCAGACCCAUACAUACUAUGACCAGACGUCCGGCUACGGGGGGCCAUCAGCGCCCACGGGCUACUCAUCAGGCUAUUCUGCUUAUGAUCAUAAGCCAAAAGGGGGCAGAAUGGGAGCGGCUACAGGCUUGGCGGUUGGGGCGGUGGCUGGAGCGUUAGGAGGGUUGGCGCUUGAGGAAGGACUGAAAUAUGAGGAGGAGAAGAUCGCUGAAAGGGUGGAGAGCGAUGUCUGUGCAAGAGAUGAUUACAGUGACUAUCGUGCAGACUAUUAAUUGCUACUUUCUGUUUAACAGACAGGACUUGGAGUUGAAAGAGGCAAAGAUGAAUAAAUGAUGCCGCUUUCAGGGCUGUUGGUUUCAUAUCUCUGACUAUCGUGUAUUUGUUGUCUUUGCAGUCCAUCUCAGUGAUCAACGGACUAAGGUGUGUUAUUGUGAAGUUCUCAUGCUUUUAGUAGAAUGGAGAUUAUGAUACUGUGCUUGUCUAAUAUAUAUAUCAGUCAUUGUUAUUGUA